UGGUUUUCAGCACUACCGGCGCAACACCGCGGCAGAGAUGUAUCUACAGCCGAGAUACGACCGACUUAUCAUGGAGAGGAAAUUUCUUUUCUCAACCAAACUUGGCCAUGUUGUCAUUUUAAGGAGUACUGUGGUCUUGGCUUUGAAUAUGUAUAUAUGGGAUUGGGAGGUACCUUUUCUUUAAACGUGGUACUCUCGUUUCGUAUCGGCUUGCCAACCUGCAUCAUUCGUCGCAUGUAAAUAUCUAUCCUUGUCGAAAGAGAGUGUUAUUUUAGUACGUUUAGAUGUCAGAAUACAAGGAAGCAGAAGAAGCCCCCGAGGCCUCGACUGCUAGUUCGAGCAGAACCUCGCUUUCAGACGUGGAAAAGGAAAAGGAGCAUGACAACGCCGAUCUCCAUCAGUAUGCGUCCAUAUAUCGAUCUCAGACUCAACGAACCUCUAGGUCCGUCCGGAGGCCAGAGGACAUCGACGGCGCAGAGUUGGUCAAUCUUCCCUCGAGAACACUUGCCAGCAAUGCAAAUCUCGACGAGUAUCUCGAGGAAACGGCCGAGGGCUUCAUCGAGGAGGACCGGGUGUCCAGAAAGUCAGGAAGAAUCGAGAGGUACGAGCUUGUCACUUGGAAGGUAGACGAUCCCGAGAACCCGAAGAACUGGAGCAAGCCGUUCAAAUGGUGGUGCACCAUGUGCGUGGCGUUCACUUGUUUCGUGGUCGCGUUCAACUCGGCAGUCAUCACCGCUUCGAUCGAGGGACCGGCCGCAACAUUCCACGUUUCCCGAGAGGUUGUGUUCCUCAGCAUCACCGUCUUUGUCAUCGGCUUCGGCGUCGGUCCCAUGAUUUUUGCACCGCUCUCGGAAAUCCUCGGCCGCCGUAUUAUUUACGGGACUACGCUGCUCGUGGCCCUCGUGUUUACCAUCCCGUGCGCGGUGUCGAAGAACAUUGGCACAUUACUUGCUUGCAGAGCCGUGGACGGCAUUGCCUUCAGCGCGCCAAUGGUGCUUGUCGGCGGCACUCUGGCGGACCUGUGGAAGAACGAAGAGAGGGGAGUGCCCAUGGCCGUGUUCUCGGCGGCGCCAUUUAUCGGUCCUGCGAUCGGGCCUCUGGCCGGGGGGUUCAUUGCAGACAAUCUGGGAUGGCGAUGGCUGUAUUGGAUGCAACUUAUCCUCUCCACGGCGGCGUGGAUUCUCAUCACGUUCACCGUGCCCGAAACGUACGCGCCGACGCUGCUGACGCGAAGAGCGAAAAAGAUGCGCAAAGAGACAGGAGACUCCAAGUUCGUUACGGAAUCAGAACUUGACACUCGGCCGUUCGGGCAGCGCAUGAAGCUGUUCCUCGUCCGGCCGUUCCAGCUGUUAUUCCUCGAGCCGAUCGUCCUUUUCAUCUCGCUCUACAUGUCGGUCCUCUACGGGCUUCUCUACAUGUUCUUCGUAGCUUAUCCGGUCGUGUACCAAGGAGGCAAAGGCUAUUCCGCGUCCAUAACGGGGCUCAUGUUUAUCCCGUUGGCGAUUGGAGUUCUUAUGAGCGCGGCUUGCGCCCCAGCUGUCAACAAGCACUACCUUGGCCUGGUUCGAAAGCACGGAGGCAAGCCUCCCGCUGAAUGUCGACUGAUCCCCAUGAUGGUUUCAUGUUGGUUUGUCCCAAUAGGCAUGUUCAUCUUCGCCUGGACAAGUUAUCCAAAUGUGCAUUGGAUUGGCCCCGCUAUCGGAGGCUGGCCGGUUGGCUUCGGGUUCAUUUUCCUCUAUAACUCGGCAAACAACUAUCUGGUCGACACGUAUCAGCAUCAAGCCGCCUCUGCUCUCGCUGCAAAGACGUGUAUCAGAUCCUUCUGGGGCGCGUCGACGGUUCUGUUCACUGAGCAGAUGUACUCGAGACUGGGCUACCAGUGGGCGAGCUCUCUGCUAGCGUUCAUCGCCCUGGCUUGUUGCGCCAUUCCGUACGUCUUCUACUUCUUCGGAGAGCGUAUUAGAGCCUACAGCAAGUUCGCCUACAAUCCAGACGAAGAAAACAAGGCAAAGGCCUGAACGGAGAAGUUGCUGAUUUAAUCACUCUGAGCAAUGGGAUCGACAGGCUCAGCAGUAUGGAUCACGUUGGAAGAGGAGGGGGACGAAUUUGCUUGACUGCGAUGCAUUUAGCGCUCGGCGUUGGGGAACAAGAAGCAUGUAGCUGGCCUGGGUUUUGGAAACAUAGUUCUAGAUUAAGUUUGUAGAGCCAUAUAAUAAUGUUGCAAAUCAAAAUCGUACAUCAUCAAAA